AUGAUGGAAUAUGUUAGGAUCAUGGCACACUUUCAGUACAACGGCGGCUUCGGAGGGAUGCCUCCACCUCUCUACGACAUGCCUACCUACCCUCAUCAAUCUGGCUAUGGAGCGGAAGCCGGUCACAACCUGAACUUCGGCCCAAUGCAACAAAGCUUGGCAACACCCACACCAACGCAGAUGAGCUUCCAACAGAGUAUGGAUAUGGCGACCAUGCCCCAGGUACCAAUGGUGUUGCCCAGAGACUGGCCACAGCAACUGAACCCCGUGCCAAGCCAGCCGCAAGCCCAGUUCUCGACCAGCCUUGGUUACACACCGUCCAUGUCAGCGCCAAGCGACACGUUGCAAAAGUCCACAGAUACUAUAGGAUCACCUGCAGCAAGCAGCCCAAGCGAUAUCAAAGACGAAGACACCGUAACGCUGUCGCCGUCAUCCUACUUCUGGAACGAGAUGACCUUACCAAGCUGUUCAGAUGCGUCUGGUACCUGUCAAUGCGGAGAUGGCUGCGCAUGCGUCGGCUGUCUUACACACGGCGGUCAUACCGGUCAAACUCUGGAGGACCCAACACCGACGACGACUGCAGAGCAUGGCUCUUUUCUCGGUUUCGACCCGAGUCUGGCGCUUAACAUGAAUGAUCCGACCGACUUCCUUAGCUUCAAUCCGGACCCGAGUUGA